GUUACUGAUACUUCGGCGCUUUUAUUUUGGAAUUGAGCCUCAAAUUCAAUUAUUUUGGACCAGGCCGGAAGUCCAAUUCCAUUCGCGCAUCCCUGUGCCGAUGCAAAGGAGGAAACCCGCGCUACCACCGGCGUUCCAAAAUCCGUCUCCAAAGCCAAGUUCAUCCGUCAAAGUUUCCGCAAAGCCUUUCCCUUGACCCACACUCAGAGUUCGGAUAUUACUGACCUAGCAGUGGGAAGGCUCUCCCGUUCUUUCGUCGUCUGUGAAGUUGUCUGGUUUAGUUCCAGACGUGUCAACAAUGACAGGUAUUCUUCCUGCUUGUUCUCAUUUGGCAGCUCUGCAACAUGGUUGUUGCAGCCAUUCUUACGCUAUAGUUCAUGGCUAUACAAGUAAUAGUCUGCAAUUCCCUCAUUGGCAUGGUGCAAAGUGUGGGAAGAUCCAUACUGCACGGCAAGUGUUCGAUAAAAUGCAUGAGAGGGAUGUAAUCUCUUGGAAUGCAAUGAUAGAUGCUUAUGGGGUUCACGGGCUCGGAAAGGAUGCAGUUUCACUUUUCCAAAAUUUGCAGCAGGUUGAAGAAGGCAUGAAACCUGAUUACGUGACAUUCAUUUGUCUAUUAUCUGUUUGCAGCCAUUCAGGACUCGUUGCGGAUUGGGAAAAUGGUUUGGUUCCAUGACCCGAGAUUUUGAGAUCUCCCAAGGAUGGAUCACUAUGUAUGCAUGACCAAUUUGCUAAGCCGGGCUGGGCAUUUUGAAGAGGUUUACAAGUUCAUUCAAGAUAUGCCAUUCAAACCCGAUGUUCGUGUGUGAGGAGCCGCAUUGGCUGCCUGCAGGAUACACAAGAAUAUUGAACUUGGAGAAGCAGCGUCAAAGGAAAUAGCUGUUAGGGCCAGAAUCUACAGGGAACUUUGUUCUUCUAUCCAAUAUGUACAGCACCAUUGGCAGAUGGGAUGAUGCAGCACAAGUGAGACUCGCGCAGAAGGAAAUGGGAUUUGCUAAAAGUGUCCUGGUUGCAGUUGGAUCGAGGUUGGUGGGAUUAUUCAUGCAUUUGUUGGUCGUGGGGAUAGGUCUCAUCCACAAUCAGAAGAGAUAAACAAGAAACUGGAUGAAAUGCAAGUGGAGAUGAAGAGGCUGGGAUACCGUGCUGAAUCGAGCAAUGUUUUCCAUGAUGUUGAAGAGGAAGAAAUGGAUAAUAAGAUACAGUCAGGGAUGCUAGUCGAUUCCAUCAUUUCAAAGAUGGAAAUUGCAACUGCGGAGAUUUCUGGUAAAUGACAGCAGUUAUUGCAAUUUGUUACUACCCAUAUAGUGUUUCCUUCUUCCAAGCACUACCCGUUAAAGCUAAUCAAUGCACAUUACUCUAUAAAUUCAAAACCAAAAGUGAACGGAAACCACUACAGAACAGUUGACACACCAAUCCUUGAGGCUCAAUAGCACUGGGUAGUGGUUACCACUUCAGUUUUACUUUUGAUUGCAGCUAAGCACCUGCGGUCAGUUUCAGGGAGUAUCGCUGCUCAUCCCCGUCGUCGCCCUCGAUCACCUGCUGGAUCAAAAGGAUUUGAAGAAGGAGAUAGAGAAGCCAACUCUGUCUCGGACACUCUUUAGUACGCUUCUAUGUAUCUUUUAUUUGAGUAGGACUGUGGGGACAAGACUCUUUUGUCGAUAUGCAGAGAUAUGGUAAGAUCUCAACACAGGAGAAAAGUACCCAUUUCUCCUAAAUCGAUAUCAGCCAGCCACACAGCUGGGCCUGCCCUGCUCUUCCCAUUUACGUAUUCUUGUUGGUGGCAGAGCGGAAGUGGGGAGUAUACUAUACCCUCUAUCAUUAGCAUAUAGUUGGUACGGCCACGGCAAGAAACCAGAGGAUGCGGCAUUUGCAAACGUUGCUGUUGCUGUUGGUAUUCUGGUUGGUGGUCAAUCAUGGAGUUGCUGUUGUUCAUUCUGCUGCUAGAGGGGAACAGAAAAAGGAACAGAACUACGAGAAGCUGCAGUCAGCUGUGGGAGAUCCUGGGAUGUCAAGAGAUGGACUUAGAGUGGCGUUCGAAGCUUGGAACUUCUGCAAUGAAGUUGGCCGACAAGAAGACGAAGAUCCUGUAAUGGGAAGCCCUAGAGCUGCUGAUUGCUUCGAUUUCACCCCUGCGCCAGAUCAACCACCCACUUCCAACGACAGCUACAGAUCAACAAACAGGGGAGUGGUGGAGCACAAGGUAACAGAAGCCGAUAACAAGCUUGGAACAGGAGACCCUUUUCCAGGAUUACCCCAAGAAGCUCUCAACAAUCCAGAUCUUUACGCUGUGCAGAAGGAGCUCUACCUUGGCUCGUUAUGCCAGGUGGUCUCCAAUAACAACAAGCCAUGGCACUUCUGGAUGAUUAUGCUGAAAAAUGGCAACUAUGACACCAAUUCCGGGUUAUGCCCAGAGAAUGGGAAGAAGGGGGCUCCUUUCAAGCCAGGGAGAUUCCCUUGCUUUGGAACUGAUUGCAUGAACCAACCCACUCUUGGUCAUCAGCCCACUCAGGUUGAUUUUGAUGGUUGGCUCAGGGGAAGGUUCAAUGGCACCUACGAUUAUUACAAUGGGACUGGUGAUGGAUCAAUUUCCAGGUAUGAGGUUGUUUGGGAGAAGAGAGUAGGGGUCGGGAGUUGGGUUUUUCACCAUAAGCUCAAGACUUCAAAGAAGUAUCCAUGGCUGAUGCUGUACCUUCGAGCUGAUGCUACUUCGGGGUUCUCUGGUGGGUAUCACUAUGAGACCAGAGGCAUGCUCCAUACUCUGCCAGAGUCUCCAAACUUCAAGGUGAAGCUGACACUGGACAUCAAACAAGGUGGAGGUCCCAAGAGCCAGUUCUACCUGAUCGACAUCGGCAGCUGCUGGAAGAACGACGGAUCUCCUUGCGAUGGAAAUCUGCUCACUGACGUGACACGAUACUCGGAGAUGAUCAUCAACCCAGAAAUAGAGCCAUGGUGUAACCCAAGCAACCCAUACCUUUGCCCUCCUUUCCACAUUACCCCGAACGACACCAAGCUGUACCGAAACGACACCGCCAACUUCCCCUAUGGUGCCUAUCACUUGUACUGCGGUCCAGGAAAUGCCAAGUUCCUCGAGGAACCCUUCAGCAUGUGUGAUCCUUACAGCAACCCACACUCUCAAGAGCUGGUUCAAUUGCUACCUCAUCCUGUUUGGGGAAGCUAUGGCUACCCUACCAAGCCAGGGGAUGGAUGGGUCGGAGAUUCAAGGAGCUGGGAGCUUGAUGUUGGGGGUGUGGCUAGUCGCCUCUACUUUUACCAGGACCCAGGCACUCCACCAGCAAGAAGAAUCUGGACGUCCAUUGACGUUGGGACAGAGAUCUAUGUGAGUGAUCACGACGAGGUUGCAGAGUGGACUCUAAGCGACUUUGACGUCAUCCUCACUGGGCAAGUUGGAGAUGGAGCAAUGGGUGGUGAAGCAGGGAUGAUGACUCAUACCUUGUGAGAAAGGGAAUUUGCCACCAAAAAUUAUACACGUGGUCUCUGGACAAGUCAUUAUAAUGACCUUAAGAGUAACGGUCACUAGUUACAAAGUCUUCUCAUAAUUGAUGGCAAUUGGUGUACUGUAGAAGUUUAGGGCCAAUAAAAUUGUGGGACGGGUGGCAAGAGUUGAUCGGAAGCAAGCAUCAGAUAAAAGCACUGAAGACACUUUUUUCAGGUCUCGUUUUCAACUGAAAACAAGUAAUCGACUUAUAUCUCAUCCGUUUUCUUGCUCAAGUCCGCUAACAAUUACCAUAGGAAUGAUUGGCGUCCAUUGUGAGAUAGUUUGAGUAGGAAAAGAUCUUUCGAUUUUGUUGUCGUCCUUAGGACUCGGAGUAGACCCGACUAAGGCACCCCAUGAUCACUUGCUUGUUAUCGAUAUAGAUUCCAUCAGUGCCUCUCACGACUGAAAUACUAUCAUGACUGGAUGUAGUGGCAACAAAAAGAUGAAUAUGGUGAGUGAUUGUGGCAUUGAAACCCUCCUCAAUUCACCUAUAAGUGAUCGGGGGACCUGCGCUCAACCGUUGAGGCACCAAAAGGUGGACAUGAGAGAAAAACUUGUUCAACGGAAAUAUGAGAGCCAAAAAUAUGACGAUAUUUGACAAAAAACUUGUUCGUGUUUUUAAAACUUACAAAACGUAACGAUCUUGCCAUUGAUUAAUGAAUUGUUAGCCAUAUAAUAGGCAAUGAGAGAUUCUAAGAUUUCAAGGGUUGUGCCAAUAUAGAAUACAAAUCCCGCCAUCCUUCCAACUUUACAUCAUCUCAUAUGAGAACUGCCCAUAUGGCGAGCCUCCUGCUCCAUAUCCAACUUACGGCAAUGUGACAAGGGCAUUUUGCACCCACUACCAUUAGUCAAUUAUUAUUAGGUUUUGCAGAUGGGAGUUAGGUACAAAACUCUUACCAUAUAUAGACGUCAUAUGGCUAUUGCCUGUAACGCACUUCUUUCCAAAGCUGUCACUUAAACAAAUUUACGGUAUCCCAUAGUAAGAGAUCUCUUCCUUUGAUUCCCUUAACGGCUCAUUCUCCUCACUCAAAUCACAUGCAAAAAAAAAAAGUUCUGAUCACCUGCCUACCUUAGUAAUUAGUUUACCUUAUUUACAGAACCUCUCAACGGGCCUUGAUACUACGUAUUUUCUCUCGUGUUUUGAUCUCAACGAUACGAUAUUUUUGUGAAUAGUUCAUCACAUCUGUCGUUCAAAAACAUAACAUGAAUCAUCCAAUAAUAUCAAUACAUGCAU